CGCGGCGACUGUGCUUUCGAGAGUCGCGCGGCGCGAGAGCGGAGCAGAGCAAGAGCAGCAGCUGCGCCAUGGAGAAGGUAGGCUAGGUGCGAGGCUAAAAGACUGGCUGAAGUCGAACCGUGUCUGCAACUUUGGCAGCCCGGAAGGCGGGGCGCGCAUGCGCAUGCAUGUGAGAGAUAGCUCGUCGGCGAAGGCAUUCGUACUGAGGCCAGUAGCUAGAGGCAGAGCAGCAGCAGGCUGCACGGGCUGAAGCCAGGCAGGAGGCACCGCCUGUGCUUGUGGUGUGCUCUCUCGAGUAGUAGUUCCUCAUCUCUUUCUCUCGCUUACGUUCGGUCUGUCUUUCACUCGGUUUCUCGGGUCGUGCUCUCUGCUAGCUAGCAGACGACUUGAGAGAGGACGGACGGACGACGACAUGCUGCCGAGAGCUGCUUGUUGUUGGCUGCAAGUUGCUGUUAGAAUUUAAUUGAAAGCUGGGUGUGCUCGCGUGUGUCGAGCGAGUGUAGCUGUUGUGAUAGUUGGUGAUACCUACGGACGACCGUACGGCGGUCGUAUCUGACAGAAGAAGAAGCGGAGGAGAGGAGCGAAUCGUCGCAAGAGGAGAAGGAAGCUCGUCGGGCGGGCGAGAAGAUCGCGAUAGUAGCGAAGCCAAGUGCGAGAAUAGAGCUGCAGUUUGCAGAGCUCGAGCACGGCAGAAGUGAAUAGUGCGACGGUGGUCAUAGCAGCAGCAGAAGUGUUGUCGGUGGUGGUGGUGGUGCGUGUGCAAGUGGUGUUGGAGGCGACCAGCAGUGGGAGAAGUUGGCGAGCAGCAGUCGAAGGGUGGCGGAGGGAGGCGGAGGCGCUGCUGCUGCGGGAGCGAAGGGCGCCGCGGUCGGCUCUGCCUCCGAAGAGGAAGACGAGCAGCCUCAGCGGCAACCUGCACCGGCGGCGCCGCCUGCUGCUCCCGCCGCCGCUGGUGGUGCUGCUGCCGAGGAGGCGGCGCCCUCGCUCGCUUGCCUCUCUUGUGUCAUGGGGUGCUUCGGCAGCCAAAGCAGCAAAGCGAGCCAGGAUGAUACCAAGAAUCAGAAGAGGCGCUCCGACGCCAUCACACGACAGCUGCAGAAGGACAAGCAGGUCUACAGGGCCACCCACAGGCUACUAUUGCUUGGUGCGGGCGAGUCCGGCAAAAGUACAAUCGUCAAGCAGAUGAGGAUACUCCACGUGAACGGCUUCAGCGAGGCGGAGAAGCGUCAGAAAAUCGAGGACAUUAAGAAGAACAUCAGGGAUGCUAUUUUGACGAUAGUCAGCGCCAUGAGCACCCUGACGCCGCCCGUCACGCUCGAGGAUCCGGUACACCAGAGCAAAGUCGACUAUGUACUCGACGUCUCGUCUUCCCCGGACUUCGAUUAUCCUCCGGAGUUUUAUGAAUUAGUCGAGGCCUUGUGGAAGGACCGAGGCGUGCAGCAGAGUUUCGAGAGGAGCAACGAGUAUCAGCUCAUUGACUGCGCCAAAUAUUUCCUAGAUAAAGUAGCCAUCGUGAAGCAACCCGACUACACGCCCACGGAACAGGACAUACUCAGGUGUCGCGUUCUCACAUCGGGCAUCUUCGAAACGCGAUUUCAAGUGGAUAAAGUUAACUUUCACAUGUUCGACGUCGGCGGACAGAGAGACGAGCGAAGAAAAUGGAUUCAGUGCUUCAACGACGUGACGGCCAUCAUCUUCGUGACGGCUUGCAGCAGCUAUAACAUGGUGCUGAGAGAGGACCCGACGAAGCUCAGACUCCGGGAGAGUCUGGAUCUCUUCAAAAGCAUCUGGAACAAUCGAUGGCUCCGCACAAUAUCAGUAAUCUUGUUCCUAAACAAGCAAGAUCUGCUUGCGGAGAAGGUAAAGGCGGGCAAGCACAAAUUGGAAGAUUAUUUUCCGGAAUUCGCGAGGUAUCAGACGCCGGUGGAGCCAGGCGUCGUAACGGACCCCUCGGAACCACCCGACGUCAUACGGGCCAAGUACUUCAUUAGAGACGAAUUUCUUCGCAUAAGUACGGCAAGCGGCGACGGCAAGCACUACUGCUAUCCGCACUUCACGUGCGCCGUCGACACGGAGAACAUCAAGCGAGUGUUCAACGACUGCCGGGACAUAAUCCAGCGGAUGCAUCUGCGCCAGUACGAGUUGUUGUGACUUGGCAGUCUGCAAGCUGCUGCUGCUGCUGCUGCUACUACUGCUGCUGCUGCUGCUGCUGCUGCGUUCUGUCGCCGUCGUCGCCGACGUCGUCGCCAUCGUCACCUAUUGCCGGUGUCGUCGUCGUCGUCGUCGUCGUCUCUAGCCUGUAAAAGAGCUAGCGAGCAAGAGGACAAGACAACAAGCAGAGAAGGAAGGAGAAUAAGAGAGCUGGAGACAAGUGUGUGUCCUCCAGUCAACCACAUGCUACCGCUACUGCUAGCCGUCGUCGACCUCGUCAAUCGCGUCCUUAUUGUCGUCGUCAUCGUCGUCGACGACGUCGUCCGGUCGAUGCCGAAGUGCCCUGUCGUCGCCAUGAGAGAAAUACAAGGGCAAAAUAACAAAAUAAAAAUAAAUCAUACAAACGAUCGGACAAAGUGUGCGCAUUCAACAUUCACACACACAAACACACACAUUUACGCUACAAUUUACACGUGCUGCAUUCGAGUGUUGAUGAAUGAAUGUGUAAGUGAGAGAGUGAGAGAGAGAAUGAAUUGUUCGUUGAGAGAGGACUCGUUCGUCGAUUAUGAUGAUGCUGCUGAUGAUGAUAAUGAUACCCUUAUUCCCACCCAAAAGUAUGCGAGUAUUAGAUGCUGAAUUUACUGUCUGUUUCCCAGUAGGUACAAACACCAUCUCCUUAAUACACGUAGACAAACGAUAUAACAUACUUACACACACAUACACACACACACACACAUACACACACACAUAGAUAAACGUAAAGGAAAAACAAACUUCUCGUCAGAAUUUCCGUCGAUCUUCGUUUAUCGGAUCCUUUUUUUACUGACGACCGCUUCCCCACGUCGCGAGCGCGCAUUAUUACUUUUGUACAGUUGUGACCGUUAUUUGUCUAUAACAUUUACAUUCACGCACGCGUACACGUACAAGGGAAUCUCUUUCGGUUUCAAAUUCAUGUACAUGUAAACACGACAUUAAACACACACGUAUAUACAUACACACGCGUAGUCUCUCAGCUACCACCUUUUUACGAGAAGAGUAUUUUGUGAGAUUUUACAGUAUUUCGAAGAGCGUUUUAAUUGUAAUAACUAUCUAUUUGUAAGCUGGCGCUUGCGCAAUUCACAACUUCGCUCUUUCGCCAUAUUAUUCUCUCUGAUUGUGAGGAACGAUAUCGACGAUCAUAUGCGUUCGUUUCUCGCCGACUCUGACAAUCGAAUUCUGUAAUGUGUAUAAACAAUAAUUAGCGAGUAUAUUCAAUCAAUUUAGUUUUCUCUUUUUUUUUAUGAUUAUGCUUUUUUAUCGUUGCCUUGUUUUUUUUAUUUUUAAUAUGUUGUUUAAUGUAUCGAGUCUCGUUGUUUAUACCCGGUGAUUUCAUCAUUCGAUCAUGGUGCAAUAAUAUACUGUUUUAAAUGACGCUUUUUAUUCGUCUCUCGUUGGAUCGUUAGACGACUUUUAUUUUGUAUUUAUUAUUUCGACUCCCACUUCUUUACUCUGUACGGAACGAACGAAUAAAAUUGUGAACAAAAUUUAUUGCGGCAUUUAGAUGCGUACAACCGGUGAAAUUUGCUCUCACUAAUUGUCGAUAUCGUUUUCUUUUGUAAUGGUCAGUGUGUUGUUUUGUUCUUCGCUUUUCAAACGCAACAGUGCGCAACAUUGGCUACAUCGAGCGAAAGAGUCAAAGAUGUAUGUGCAAGCGUCAGUGUGGAAGGAAGACAGCGUCGUUUUAUUUUUGUUUGUUGAAAGAGGUUUAAGUUUGAUUAAUUGAAGAAGCAAAGUAUCAUUUAUUUCGUUGUUUGUUAUAAUUUUUUCAGAGUAUAUGAAAGUAUCAUUGAUUUUUACUUAUCAAUGUGUAUAUCAAAGUAAAUGUUUCAGUUGUUUGUACCUCAUUUUACUGUAAUAAAAACAGAAUCCUUGAGAAAAACAAUUAUUCCGCAUUGUCAUGUGAUUUGUUGAACCCUUGUCGAUAAAUACGGAAAAAAACAUAGUUAUCAACGUCAAUUACUGGCACACUUAAUGCGACUGAAACAUUUACUUUUAGCACACACGCAGAGAAAGAUUGCGAUUCUUCGAUUGUUGUAUGAGAAAAAAAAUCAUUGCAAGACUGUUUUCAAUGUUUAGAAACUUUUGAAAGAUAACUAAAGAAACCAAGAGGAAAAAUCAAUAACUUUCCUGUAAUUAAUCUCGUCACAAAUAUUUCGCGCAACUUUUUACCGAUUCUUUCAAACAAUUUUUCAUAAUUCAGACCACUAAGUUCUCGCUUAUACAUAUAUAUAUUAUAUAGGAAGAUGCGAAUUUUUAAGAUUGUACAUUUCUCUCAGUGUGCAAUUUUCGAAGAAUUGAUCGAUAAACAAAGCAAAAUAAUAAUUAAACGAAAAAAAACACAAAAAUAUAAAACUGAGAGAAGAAUAAAACAAAAAACUAUAUUAAAGCUGUAUCGACUAGAUAGAAAAUGCAUAAGUCUCAUCCUUCCCUGAAUUUUAUUUGUUAUUGCGUGUUUAGAGAAAAGAACAAAAAAGUAACAACUUAUCGUCAAAAAAAAAAUUAUCACUUGUCGAUAGAUGACGAGCAACGAGUCGAUGCAAUGUGUCGAUUUGUUUAGAUAAUUUAAAUAGCCCAAGAAUACAAAAAAACGACAAAAAAAGACCGGAAUAUACGACGGGAAUCAAAUCAGUCUUCGUAAAAAACAAAGUAUAUAUACGUAUUAUAUAUAAAAAGCGAGAGAAACAAAAGAGAAUUGCGAGGGAUGUCUACAAUCGAACGACCGCUGCGGGAAAAAAGACAAUUAACAAAAAUAAAUAAAUAAAUAAAUAACCAGCGAGCAAAAAAAAACUUUUUUAUAGGUGCCAUUUUCAUGCGUGUAAGUAGCGCGUCAAAGUAUGAAUUCUACGUGUAUACGAAGGAAAGAGAGUUGCGUUAUAAUUAUAAAUAAAGUGAAACCUAAGAAGGACUGCUGCGAAACAUAUACGAUCGUGUUUCUAAUCUACUAUAGAUUGAAACAGAACAAAUAAAGAGGCAAAGGUUAAGAGAUGGAGGUGGAAAAUAUUUCAUUCUCAUUCUGUGAUGAUUGCAUGUUGGUAAAAGGAAGAAAGAGAGUAAUAAUAAUGAAGAGAGAGCAGCAUAAAGACGCAUUUUGUUUGCGAGUUAUUGCGAUACAGCCAUUUUCAUUUAACGCGAUAAAACUUUUAUUAAUUUAAGGAGACACUUAUUACACCGGUCAUCCCUUACGUUUUUUUAGCGCUGUCCAUGAGCAUCCAGUUUCGCGUACGCGCAACGUUGAUUUGUGCGACAAAUAAGUGUCUCCUUAACAAUUGCUGUGUUAUGAGCAAGAGAAAAAGAAGAGCAAAAGAAGAGCUGUGAGGAGGGAUGAAAAAAACGUAAUCUAACGAGACGUAGAUAACAAAAAAACAGUAAAUAAAUAAAGUAUGCGAGAUCCACACGCACUCUCAAGUAAUGUAUACUCUGCCAAGUUUUGCGGCAAAGUCUCUACCUGUCAUUCUUUCUCUCUUCACAUACACACAAAACGGAGAAUAAAAAUAAAAAGCGAAAAAAUUACAUACGUCAUCUUAUACACACAGUAAAAAGCUCCCCCCUCUCUCUUUAAAUAUAAAUAUAUAAAUUUAAAAGUUGAUGCGCGCGCGAAUCAACGCGCGUCAACGAUAAAAAUCAUGCAAAGAUCCGCAGUACGAUCAUUUAUAUAUACGCCCUGAAAGUUAAUUGUUUACCUUUGCUUUCGAGAGUAUUUUAAGAAGUUAUGUGUAUAAAUUAUAUGUGUAAUUACAAAAAAAAAAUGAAUAAUGAACAAUGAGGAACGUUUAAAGCGAUUAAAUGAACGAGUCGUUCAGUGAAUUUAUUACACUUUGCAAAACAUACACGACAUAUGAAAGGACACACACACGUACAUACUACCUUAUAUAUGUUUCGUAUUGUGCAAUACCGUUUGAUUUAAAUUCUGGAGACAGGGAUUUCUUUAUUUUUUCUUCCGAUUGAGUAAAAUAGCGCGAUGGUUUCUUGGGAUAAGAAUAAUAAAAAGUGAAGAAAUCAAAAGAAAGAUAUACGUCGGACGAGGAUUUCAGUGUAAAAGUUAUCGAAUAAAAAGUUUGAUUGAGAGUUUUAUUAAAAACUUAUAUAAGAAACAAAAAAAUAACACAACACGUUUAUCAUUUUUCUGCAAAAUCACAGAAUAUUUUAUUGACAAAGAGAAAUUCAUGAAGAGAGAUUAAGUAUGUUUUAGACGAAAUAAGAG